UCAUUCAGUGGCCGUCGAUAAGAAUGGGUUUGUUUACACAUGGGGCUUUGGUGGAUAUGGAAGGCUUGGACAUAGGGAGCAGAAAGAUGAAUGGUCUCCUCGCCGCGUUGAUGUGUUUCAGAUACAUUUUGUUUUGCCUCCAAAUGCCAUUGUCUCUGCUGGCUCUGCAAACUCCUUUUGUAGUGCUGGCAAGUGACUUUAAUCUGAACUGCCUUUACAUCGUGUGUUACUCCUUAUGAUCAGAUAUUUAUACGUUUCUGGUUUUUUUUUUCAGCCGGGGGACAGUUAUACAUGUGGGGAAAGGUUAAAAACAAUGGUGAAAAUUGGACGUACCCUAAACCUAUGAUGGAUUUAAGUGGGUGGAACUUGCGGUGUAUGGAUUCAGGAAGCUUGCAUCAUUUUGUUGGUGCGGAGAGUUCUUGCAUUAGCUGGGGUCAUCACGCUCAGAAUGGAGAACUUGGUUAUGGCCUCAACGGUCAAAAAUCCUCUGUAGCGCCUAAAAAGGUUGAUAUACUCGAGGGAAUGCAUGUGAUGGGUGUGGCAUGCGGUUCAUGCCAUUCUAUGGUCAUCAUAGUUGACAGAACAGACAUCACUGAUCGUCCUUGAGCAGCUCGAGAUCUACGACGGGAAAGGAUCAUUAGAAGGUAUAAUUCACUUUAAAAUCUUUUCCCUGACAUAGUUUAGUCAUGUUCUUGAUGUGUUUCUUUUGUUUUGAACAGAGAGUGUAGAACCAAAAGAAGAAACUGUGGCAACAAUGAAGCAACAACCUGCCAAAAGAGGUGCUUCUAAAAAGAUGAAAGCGUCAAAAGCUUCUUCUGAUUUUGAACAAGACAGUAAUGAAGAAAACAGCGAAGAUGGAGAAGAAGCCAAUGGUAAGAAACAGGGCGCUCGUGGCAGAGGACGUGGCCGUGGAAGAAGAGGCCGCGGUGGCCGCACCGGUAGUGGAAAAGCUUCGCCGGUGAAGACCGGUGGAAGAAGAGGAAGACCACGUAAGUCUUAGAAACAACUUUGACUCCGAGUUUUUCUUCGAUGGUUUGUAACAGUUUCUCGUUCUUCACACAAUGAGAGGCUAUAAGAAACACUUUUUAUUGCUUUAUCAAACAUUUGUUUAAGCUUAUCGGAUUCUGUAUUCUGAUGUAACCACAUCGAAUGAUUUAUCCGUAGUCAAAAACAUUUUCGA